AUGUUGCUAAUCCAACUAGAUAAUAUUUUCAAUAAAUAGUCAUGCAUAAAGCCAUUACUAGAACUGAUGUAUUACAUCCUAUAUCAGCUCUUAUUUUAGAGUAUUUACAUCCAGAAAUAAAGGUUUAUAAUUAUUCUAAAGAAGCACUUUAUAAAUAAAAACUGCUUUUAAAUUUAAAGUUAAUGAAAUGAAAAAAUAAUCAGAUAAGAAAGUAUUUUGGAAACAACUAUUUGAAGAAUAAUCAACAGAAUAAGUUUAAUAAUAAGUUGAAGAUGAAGUUGUAGAAUUUAAUUAAGAAGAAGAAAUGGUUAAUAUGUUUGCUAAAAAAAAUUAGGAUUUAAUAAUGAUAUUAUAAAAGAAAUUGGAAAUGUUGAUCCUAUAUCAGAUUCAAAAAAAUGAUUACAGAAAUAGAUAAUUGAUCUAGUUGAUACUGCUUUAUAAUAAAUACAAAAAGUGGUUAUUUAAUUUGUUGAUCAAAGGUAAUUUUAAUCCAAAAAAACUUGAGUGUCUUUAAUAAAUAUUUAAAUGUUCUUAAAGAGAUAUAUAGUCAACUUGUUUUUUGGGCUUAGAUUGUUUAUUAAGGAAUCACUUUAAUUAGUAAUAUAGAGAAUUAGAAAUCUAAUAUUAUUGUUGA